CUCGAGGACAUUGUGGCGCAUCCACACGCGCGGAAAGUCCUCCUUUACCUGCUGGCGCCGCGUGACCAACGUCACUUCCCUGCCCAGCUGAUGGCGAACCUGCUGGUUGACGGGGAUGACAGUCCAUUCACCCGCAAGCCCCUGGGCCUGCGUGCUCUUGAGUACCGAUCCCCUGCGGUGGGUAUUCUGCCCGCCCUCCUUCGUCUCGCCACCGACCGCCUCAUUGCCAUCUUCGUUGGUGAUCCAAAGGCCGACCUGACGGCGCCUCUGGAGGACCGUUCACGCCUCAUACUUCUGGGGGAAAUACUUUCCCGCAGCGAAUCGACAUGA